AUGAUACAGGCUGCAGCACGCACCGGCGCCUUUGUGCGUGCAAUUGAAGAGCAUGCGCUGCGAGCCCAGUACCAUUUCCGCGCUCGUUUGAAUCAAGAGUUUGUGAUGAUUGUUGUGUUCGGUCUGGAGUACAUCAUUCGCAUCUGGUCGGCUGGAUGCUGCUGUCGCUACAGGGGAUGGCAAGGACGACUGCGCUUUGCAAGAAAACCAUUCUGUGUCAUCGACAUUAUUGUGCUCAUUGCAUCCAUCGCAGUGGUUUCAGCUGGUAGCCAGGGCAAUAUUUUUGCCACGUCUGCACUUCGCAGCCUGCGUUUUUUGCAGAUCCUGCGCAUGGUGCGCAUGGACAGGCGAGGCGGUACCUGGAAACUGCUUGGAUCUGUUGUCUACGCUCACAGCAAGGAGCUUGUGACUGCCUGGUACAUUGGCUUCUUGGUGCUGAUCUUUUCUUCAUUCUUGGUCUACUUGGUGGAGAAAGAGUUUAACAAACAGUUCGCCACCUAUGCAGAUGCUCUUUGGUGGGGAACGAUCACGCUCACCACCAUUGGAUAUGGCGAUAAGACUCCACAGACCUGGACCGGGCGGCUUCUGUCUGCAGGGUUUGCUUUGCUGGGCAUCUCGUUCUUCGCUUUGCCUGCUGGUAUUCUUGGCUCUGGCUUUGCUCUGAAGGUCCAAGAGCAGCACAGACAGAAGCACUUUGAAAAGAGGAGAAACCCAGCAGCCAGCCUCAUACAGUGUGUGUGGCGUAGCUAUGCGGCUGAUGAGAACUCGGUUUCCGUUGCUACCUGGAAGCCUCAUUUGAAGGCGUUGCAUACCUGCAGCCCUACAAAGAAAGACCAGGGGGAAUCCAUCAGCAGUCAAAAGUUAAGUUUUCGGGAGCGUGUGCGCAUGGCCAGUCCUCGCGGUCAGAGCAUGAAGAGCAGACAGAUGUCAGUGAAUGACCGACGCUCUCCUGCCACAGAGGUUGGGGUUGAGGGCAGCAGCCCUGCCAAGGUCCAGAAGAGCUGGAGCUUCAAUGACCGAACACGCUUCCGGCCAUCACUGAGACUCAAGAGCCAAUCGCGCACAACAACUGAAGCUGACACAAAUCUUGGACCGGAUGAUGCUUUUGAUGAGAAGGGUUGCCAUUGUGAUGUGACUGUGGAAGAUCUAUCUGCCCCACUAAAGGCAGUGAUCAGGGCUGUCAGGAUAAUGAAAUUCCAUGUGGCCAAGAAGAAGUUUAAGGAGACGCUUCGACCGUAUGAUGUGAAAGAUGUGAUUGAGCAAUACUCUGCUGGUCACCUGGAUAUGCUAUAUCGUAUCAAGAGUCUCCAGACUAGGUUGGACACCAUUGUGGGUCCACAGACCCUGAGCAGCAAAGCCAAGACCUUUUCUUCUCCUUCCCUGCACUUGUAUUACAGCCAGGCCAAGAGGAAACACUCUGCCCCAGGACUCGCCACAGCUGUGGGUCCACAUCAGACACUCAGCACCAAAGCCAGGAACCUUUCCUCUCCCUCUCUACACAUGUAUUACAGCCAAAGCAAGAAGAAGCACGCUGGGGUGGAUCAGAUACUGGGAAAGGGCCAGAUUUCAGUAGACAGGAAAGGCAGGGAGAAAAUCCUCCCAGAAGGAGAAUCCUUGGAGCAUGACAUGAGCAUGCUUGGCCGUGUCUGUAAAGUAGAGAGACAAGUACAGUCCAUUGAGUCAAAGCUGGACUCAUUACUGGAUAUAUACCGGCAAGUACAGUCCAUUGAGUCAAAGCUGGACUCAUUACUGGAUAUAUACCGGCAAGUGUUGCAAAAAGGUUCCUCUUCGAUGCUUGGUCUGUCUGCUUUGCCCCUGUUCGAGCUGGAUCAAACCUCCGACUACCAAAGCUCCAUCCAUAGCAAGGAUUUGUCAUCCUCCUCCCAGCUUACCUGCAGCAGCGUGUCUCGUUCGGGCAGCAGUAACCUGCAUCGUGGUCUUCAUCUUGCUCUGGCCCCUAGUGAACUCAACUUGGGUACCGGUUACCCGCAUUCUGCCUCCUCCUUCUCACCUUCCCCUCUACUAAACAAUCAACCCUCCAGCCCUGACAGUUUCUACCCAGCGUCCCCUCCUCCCAUUCUCACCCCCAACAACCUUUCCAGAAGUCACCAGCGGUUCAGUGAGCUGACAAGGCCGGUCCCAACAGUACAUUCAACCUCCUCGCCCCUUCAGCUCCCGCCUAUGGUACCAACGCCUCAAAGUCGGCCUACCAGCCUUAUCCCAGAGACGCUACAGGAGAGCCAGGCGGAGUGUCUGAGCAAUUGCCUGUUGAGUACCCAAACCGAGGAUGAGUCGGAUAGGGAAGCCGAUAGUAUUCAAAGCACGGUACAGCUACGGGACAAGCCCGAACGUAACCCCAAGGAAGAUGGGUCAUGGAGAAGACACUUGAGCCUUGACAUUGAUCCUCUUAUGCUCAUGUCUUCCACAACAGCUGCCUCGCUACAGGUCGAGCGUGGGCUUGGUAAGUCUCUUUCCGCUCAGAACCUCAUGCUACCGACUGCUGCCGACUGCCAUCCCAGCCUGUCCACUCGGAGCAGCGGCAGCAGCAACAACGAGUCCAGCGACCGUGAGCCGCUGGCCGACUGGGGCGAUACAGCACUCUUCGUCAAUGACAAAGAGGUGGACACCACGGAGGGUGACCGUUACCACCUCCACCAACAGAACAACGAUACGUCCUUCUCUUCUGAGCUGCUACGGACAGGAGCCAGUGGGCCGUCUCCCAGCCAGGCUGGACCAAGAGAUGGUCUUGAGUCCCAUAACUUGCCACACGUAUGCCUCGAAUAA